AUGCUCCGGGACGGUCCUUCCCCAAUUGGAAGGUUGCCUUUAAGAAUGCUCGAAGGCUCAGUGAUGUCCUUCGCUGUUGGGCCAAUGCGUACUUGGGCAUUGACGUCGCCGAAGAGGUGCCAGGUGGGGUCAAAGCACUGGCGGCGGACAAAGAGUUGA